UUGUGACGUCGACCGACAUAAAAGAUCUUGCGUAUAAUAGUUUAGCAUAUACCAUCUUGCACAUAACCAGGAUGGUGGAUAAAAAAUUCCCCAAAAUGAAACCGAAGCUCCAGUUAACAUUUUGGCAUGUCUAGACCUUUGUCAGUUGCUGUUGAAAGCUGUCCAUUAUGUGGUAGAACAAGAAAACAAUUUACAUGCAAAUCGUGCGUAAAUUCUGGAAACUUUGUAACAUCUAACGGUUGUAAUAAAAAGAAUAGCAGCAGAAGAGGAGAAGAAGAAAGGACCAAAUGCAGUUAUGCUGAAAAGUUGAAAAGACUCAAAGUUGUUGUUGCAGUCAGAGAUGACUAUCAUGAAAGGAUUGUCACAUUGUUGGGGGGAAAAGGAACCGAAAACCAGUUUGAAGAGAAAGUACUGUUACAAGAAAGAGUCAAGAUUCUUCAUAUUAUACUUAAGGAAGCAAAGAGCCGAAAUGAACAUGCAAAAAAAUCUACUGAUGACUUAUCACUAAAGAUAUCAGAAAGAAAGGAAUUGAUCAGUAGAAUGAUGACUAAAACAGAGAGACUAAAAAGUGGUUCUCGUCUCCAAGAAAAAAAGGAAAAAUUCUUGCAAAACAAGGAGGAAUUGCAUGUGAAAAAUGAAGAGUUAAAGCGUGUGCGAAUUAGUCAUGUACAAGCUUUAAUUACCGACAUAUUUCCACUUUCAAAACGUGAUGUCUACCCUGCAUUUGGAACUCCUCCAAGAACAACAGUGACUGUUGAAGAAUUUAUGGGUGAUGUAAUCUCCGAAAGUCUAUCAACAACAGAGAAAGAGUUAGAAGAAGCAACAAGAACUGUGCAUGUGGGUGGGCGUUGGAUAUCACAAAAUUCAGUAGAAACCGAACACACUAUUAUCGAUGUUGGGAUGCCAUCAACUGCAGAUUUUAUAAUGUACUUUGAAUGGCUGAAAUCGUACAGGAACGAACCAAGAAAUCCAGAAUCCCAAUCUGGUCUUCAUGUCUAUUCAGUGUUAAAUAUACCGGCUUCGUUGUUGUAUACUUCUCAAUUAACUGAUGGCUUAGCUUUCUUCCUAGAUGUAAAUUUACCUCACAAAAUCGACUACCCAAAUUUUGGUUUGCUAGCUGUAUCACGUCAGAGACUUUUCCAGACUAUCAACAAAUUAACACACAACAUCAUGCACUUAUGUUUUUCACAGUUGGUGUCGCCCUCAGAACUUGAUUCGAAUGAUUUAUUGAAGAACAUUCAAUUGUGCGCAUCUACUGAAAAUUCUUAUUUAGGAUGGCGCGGUCCAUUUGAAACUUUCGAAUACGAGCUCACUGAUUGUCCGUUCGAUUCAGAUUCAAGUGCAGAAGAAGUAAACUAUGAUUCUGAUAACGAGUCAGUAAGUGAAAACGAUGACUGGGACCAACUUAUUGAUUUGCCACCUGAUCAUCGAGAUGUCCAAUCUGAAACGCCGCCACCUUCUUUCGAGCAAAGUCGAGAUCGUUCUUUGUCUUCUUCAGCAUCUGGUUUGAUGACGUCAGCAGCUGCUUCUGUCGCUUCAGCGUUAUGGUCUUGGAAAAGACAAUAAAUGCUACUUUGUAUGACACAUGUUUUAAAAUAAAGGAGCAACUGAUAUACGAAAAUAUCUCGGCUUUGAAGUAUCAUGUUAUAAGUGGUCGUCGGCCGUCAUCUUCGGUCGUCGGCCGUCACCGUCCGUCAUCGUACUUUGUCGUCCGUCAUAUUAUGUCGUCGUCCGUCAUAGUACGUCGUUAUCCGUUCGUAUUCACAAUAAUGGUAUUGAUAAAACUGGUUUAAUGGUAUCAAGAUUUUUGUACUGGAAUAAAAAUUAAUAGUUUUAUAGUUUUAGUUGUAUAUUUUAAAUUGUUAUCCAAAACUUUAUUAGAAUAAAUUAUAAAGGAA